AAUCAAUCCUUCUAGUCCCCCAUUUGUGAGUUUUUAAUGUGAGUUUUCUUUGCCUGGAUUGUUGAAAAUGAAAAUUGAGCACAGAGAAUAUUCCUAAAAAAGAGAAGGAUAUCCAUAUUUUGGUGUGCAGCAAUUCCUUGUUCAUGGUGGUUUUGUAUUUCUUUCCAUUCUAUCCCCCUUUACUGCUCAGACUGAACACCCAAGGCUGUGCAAAAGUACUGAAACUAAAAUCUAUCCAAAUGUGACUAUCUGUCUCCUUUCUCCUAGAGAGAACCUCCAAAGGCAAAUCUCUACUCUGAAGUCCUCCCUUUGAUUUUAGUUGGAUGUGUGAUGAGCCAAGUAGGAUGGCCUCUCAAAGAGUUUGGGGUCUUGGGAGUUGUAUCUGGGAUCUUUUAAUGCCCUUCUGACCCAGUCCAUAAAAAAAAAGUCAGGAUACAGGAGAUCCCUUUUAUCCUUUUUGGAGGUUUACUUGAACACAGAGAGAAAAUGGAGGCUGAAUAUGCAGCAGAGAAAGGAGUGGGGAAAGGCCUUCAAGGAGUACCAGCUGGGAUUGUUGGAGAAUUUGGGGAAAGAGAUGGCCAGGAGGUCCUGGACAAGGAAGCCACCAACUCAGAGAAGCCACGCUGGCAUUUUAGAAACUUCCGUUACCUGGAGACCAAGGGGCCCCGAGAAGUUUGCAGCCAACUCCAUGAAUUUUGUCUAGAGUGGCUGAAGCCAGAAAGACACACGAAGGCUGAGAUGUUGGACUUGGUGGUCCUGGAGCAGUUCCUGACCAUCUUGCCCCCAGAGAUGGAGAGAUGGGUCCAACAGUGUACACCGGGGUCCAGUUCCCAGGCAGUGGCUCUGGCAGAAGGCUUCCUCCUGAGCCAGACAGAGGUCAUGAAGAAGGAUGAGGAAGAGGAACAGGUGCAGGAUCCACUCCCAGCAAUAGGGGCUGAUUUCCCCAAGUUGGAGAGGGAUCCUUCUAAUGCCUGUCAGAAGCUGCUCUCUGUGAGGAUCAAACAGGAGGAGCCAGUGCUGGACACAUUCCAAGGGGUUGGAACACUUCCAGAUCAAGGGCCUCUUUCGGGGGUUGGAGAAGCCAAUCCUGGCCCACCAGCUCAGGAAAGCACUGUGUGGUUCCCCAAAAAAGAAGAGGAGGAGGAGGUGCCCCUAGACUCCAGCCAGAGUGUUCUCCAUAUGGAAGUCAUGAAGGAGAAAUGCAGAAGUCCUCCCCCUCGGGAACGAGGAUGGAACAGCGAACCUUACGAUGGGCAACGUUCAACGAGAAAUGAGCAUCAGAAGGCAGAAGAGUCCUGUAGAAACCAAGCAGGGUCAGUGAAGGAGGAAAGUCCAGUGGAGGCCUUGAGAGACCCCUUUCGCCUAGGGAGCAACCUCCCCGAAAUUCCGGUUCGACAUGAAAAGCUGAAGGGAGCGAGGACACACGGUUGUCAAGUUUGCGGGAAGAGCUUCAACCGCAAGUCAGACCUUAAUGUCCACUGGAGGAUUCACACAGGAGAGAAACCAUACAAAUGCCAGGAGUGUGGAAAGGCCUUCAGGCAGCUGGCGAGCCUCUCAUCCCACCAAAGAAUCCACACGGGGGAGAGACCGUAUCAAUGUUCAGAGUGUGGGAAGGGCUUUUACGACAAGUCCAGCCUCGUCAUACACCGGAGGAUUCACACUGGGGAGAAGCCGUAUCAGUGCUUGGAGUGCGGGAAAAGUUUCCACCAGAGCUUUGGUCUUACUUCCCAUCAAAGGAUCCACACGGGAGAGAAGCCGUAUGUCUGCGCAGACUGCGGGAAGCGAUUCUACGAUAAGCCGCACCUCGUCAGGCACCAGAGAAUCCACACCGGGGAGAAACCCUACACGUGUCUCGAGUGUGGAAAGAGCUUCAGCCAGAUCACCAGCUUCACAUCCCAUCAAAGGAUCCACACGGGCGAGAGGCCGUUUAUCUGCUUAGAGUGCGGCAAGAGCUUUUACGACAAAUCCAACCUCCUCACUCACCAGAGAAUUCACACGGGGGAGAAGCGGUACAAAUGCCUGGAGUGCGGGAAGAGCUUCAGCCAGAAAAAGAGCCUCACGUGCCAUCACAGCAUCCACACCGGCGAGAAACCUUACCGUUGUCCCGAGUGUGGCAAGAAUUUCCGGCAGCACACAGACCUCACCUCGCACCAGAAGAUUCACACCGGGGAGAGGCCAUACCAGUGCCUCGCGUGCGGAAAGAGGUUUUAUAGAAAAGCAGACCUGAACAGACAUCAGAGAGUUCACACUGGGGUAGAAAGGCCGGUUAUCGCCUGGAGCGUGGAGAUGGCCUCGGACGGAGUAUCAUUGCUACGUCCGCUUGGAGAACUCACGCAAGAAAACCAGCCCAUCGCUUCGGAGAUUAAGCAAGAAGUUUAUUGCUGAAAGAAACUGUAUAUGCUGUCCAAGAACCUGCUGGGGAAAAAUAUUUCACACCUGGGAGGUAAAAAAAUAAAAAAUAAAAAUCAAGAUGGCAGCCAUGACGACACAGCCCUUUUAAAGGACCUCACUCCACAUCUCCCCCAGCAGAAUUCCUGUCCAAUCUGAAUGUUUGCUUGCUCUUUCGCAAUAUUCCCAUUGUUCCAGGUGAGAGUGGGAUUUUGGUGGUGGUUUGCUGAUGGCUUUGCACUUACAUUUCAGUCAGAGGUUUUCAGGGCUAUCCUAGGUUAAAGAAGUGAUACCCCCAAAAGCAAAGACAAGGCUUUACCAUGCUCAAAGGGGGUUUGAGGCUUACAGCCUCUCCUUUUCCUCUUCCCCCCAGAAGCAGACUUCCUCAUGUGAGUCUAAACCCACAUCUGGUUGGAAUAAAGAGGUCUUCUCUUUUGCCAGGGGCCAAGAAAUUUUGGAACUUCCUCCUGACAGAAAUUCCCUUUGUCCUUUCCCUGUUGGAGAUCUGCCACCGUUUCUUGCUGUGCUAAAAUUCAUAUGCAAUCUUUGAGGGAAUGGUGACUAUUUUUUAAAUUCCUUUUUAAAAAAAAAAAGCUGGCUGGCUUAUGUUCGUUCUUUUUAAGUACCAUGUCCCUUACUGCUUUUUGGGGAGCGGGGAGUAGGAUUUUGUAAUUUAUUGCUUUUUCUUAGUGGCAUGGAAUUAAGGGAGAGGGGGCAGGCCAAAUUCUUUUGAACAUAGAAAGCAGCGUUUUUCCAGUUGUAAAACAAGGUGAGGAUAGCAUUCCGCUUGGAAAUGUUGUAAGGUAAAGGUAAAGGUUUCCCUUGACGUAAAGUCCAGUCGUGUCCGACUCUAGGGGGCGGUGCUCAUCUCCGUUUCUAAGCCUUGGAGCCGGCGUUGUCACAGACACUUCCGGGUCAUGUGGCCAGCAUGACGACUCGGAACGCCGUUACCUUCGCGCCGAAGCAGUACCUAUUGAUCUACUCACAUUUGCAUGUUUUCGAACUGCUAGGUGAGCAGGAGCUGGGACUAGCAACGGGAGCUCACCCCGCCGCGCGGUUUCGAACCGUCGACCUUCCGAUCGGCAGCUCAGCGGUUUAACCCGCAGUGCCACCGCGUCCCUUGGAAAUGUUGGGAAAUGACAAAAAAAUUAAGCCAUGGGAAUGAAGGCGCAUGGCUUAUUGCAGACAUCUGGAAAGCACUUUUCACUGUCUGGGGAAUUCUGAAGAAAGGUAUCACUCUUCACGUUUAUUCCAGAAAUAGAGGUGUCCUAGGCACCAAAUUACCACCAGCAUUUUUUUGUUGUUGUUGCAAGAAAUGGUGGUAGGGGGUUAAGCCUUGCAAAGAGUGAAGCAGGAGUUUGGGCCACACGUCAGUUGGGGACGAUGAGACGUCAGGCGUACGUUACGUUCUGGGAUGCCUACAGAGAAAA